AUGCUUUUAACUCUCGCUAUCCUCACUGCCGUCGUCUCCAUUCAUGGAGUGUGUGCAGUGCCACAGACCGCUUCAGUGACGAACACUGCUCUCCCAACUGCGACCGCGGUUGUGCCUGGACUCAACUAUCUUGCGCGGGAGGCCGGAAAGCUAUACUUUGGGACUGCUACUGACAACAGCGAGUUUAACGAGACUCGAUACCAGCACAUCUUGAACAACUACUUACAUUUCGGGCAAAUCACCCCCGAGAACAGUAUGAAAUGGUAUGCUACUGAACCCGAACCUGGGGUCUUCAAUUUCACCGCCGCUAACGCCAUUGCCGAUUUGGCCUUCAGAAAUGGGAUGAUCCUUCGAGGACAUAACUGUGUUUGGUAUGAUGAACUACCAGCUUGGGUGACUGCGAACAACUACAACGCCUCCGAGCUGGCAUACAUUGUAGCCAAUCAUUGUGGUACCCUUGUUGGCCACUACAGAGGUCAUGUGUGUAACUGGGAUAUCAUUAACGAGCCAUUGAACGAUAAUGGCACAUUCCGCCAGGAUGUUUUCUAUGAUACGUUGGGCGAGAGCUAUAUUCCGAUUGCUCUCAGGGCGGCGAGGGCAGCAGAUCCCAACGCAAAGCUCUACAUCAAUGAUUACAACAUUGAAGGAGUUGGUGUCAAGUCCACGGCACUCCAGAACCUGAUAAAACAAUUGCAAGCUGAUGAUGUGCCCAUCGAUGGUGUUGGCUUCGAAAGCCAUUUCAUUGUUGGCGAGGUGCCUACAACACUCGUGGAAAACAUGCAGGCAUACGCAGCUCUCGGGCUCGAAUUCGCCAUCACUGAACUCGAUAUUCGAAUGGAACUUCCAGAGACACCGGAGUUACUGGAGCAGCAGAAAACUGAUUUCAACACAGUCAUACACGCGUGCAUGUCCGUCCCGCAGUGUGUGGGGGUGACUGUAUGGGACUGGACAGACAAAUUCUCAUGGAUUCCAUCGAGUUUCCCUGGCUACGGCGCAGCAUGUCCCUGGAGCUCGGACUACGUCCGGAAACCUGCCUUCGACGGCAUUGCGAUUGGUUUUGAGGGCGGAACCAUUUGA